CGGAAGACAGCGAGUUUGAUUAUAAAUGAGGUUGAGAUAGAUAUAUAAGUAUCACUAAAGGAAGAGAGUUGCUUAUCGAUGCAGCACCCCACAUGAUGGUCGAUGCCUGAGGUAUCUGCCCCUCAUCUGGUGCAGAAAUUACAUCACCGCCAAUGGGAGCUCAUCACUUUUCCACUCCUUCUACCCCCGUACCUUCCAAGCCAAUCCAAACCAAACAACGCCUCCCCUCACUCAUCCCAAAGCCUGUUCCCAUAAACCCGGCCUCGGAAAAUGUCUGCCAAAACAAUUAUUGUCACCGGUGCCUCGAGAGGUAUCGGUCUCGCAAUCGCAAAGUACCUCCUCACCUCCCCUCAAUCGCACAAUGUCGUCGUGAUCGCUCGUAGUGUCGAGCCCCUUCAGAAGCUUAAGGAGCAAUAUUCCAAGCAGGUGGAGGUGCUCAAUGGCGAUCUCGCCGAUUUGUCCAUCGGCCAGAAGGCUGUCGACCUAGCUCUCAAGUCAUUCGGCCGUUUGGACGGAAUGGUAUUGAACCAUGGUGUGCUGGGACAAGUGGGCAAGAUUGCUCAAGCCGAUCCUGAGCAGUGGAAACACGGAUUCGACGUGAACUUCAUCAGCUUUGUUGCCUUUAUCAAAGCUGGUCUUCCGGCGCUUCGCGAGACGAAGGGCAAGCUUGUCUUCACUUCUUCCGGUGCUGCCGUGUCGGCUUACAGAGGUUGGGGUCUGUAUGGUGCAACCAAGGCCGCGAUGAACCAUCUUGCGCUUAGCUUGGGCGAGGAAGAGCCUGACGUUACGACAAUCUCCAUUCGGCCCGGUAUGGUUGACACCGAGAUGCAACGCGAGCUGAGAGAAGACCACGCUACGACGCUGGAACCCCAGGUCCAUUCCAAGUUUACUACGGUCCACAAGGAGGGAAAACUCCUCAAACCCGAACAGCCUGGUCAUGUCAUGGCUAAGUUGGUGCUUGAUGGCCCCAAGGAACUAUCCGGCAAAUUUCUAUCGUAAGUUUCUACGACCCUUGAUCCUACGACAAAGCUGACCCCAAACAGGUGGAACGACAAGGCCCUGGAUGCCUUCCAGGCGUAAAUUACAACCUAUCAGCUU